AUGCAAGCACCAACGCAACAGCAACAGCAACAGCUACAGCAACAGCUACAGCAACAGCUACAGCAGCAGCCACAAACACCGCAACAAAAUCAGCAAGUAGUUCAAGUGCCGCAGGCAACGAUUUGCAUGCCACUUCCGUCGCUUUCACAGAUUCCUACGCCGAACCAAGCAAACUCGCAACAAUCUCAGUCUUCAGGACAGAGCAUGCAGUCUUGCACGUCUUAUGGUUCAUCUCAGAAAUCGUCUUAUCCCCAGCAGUCAGGUUCAUCUUAUUAUCCUCAACAGCAGGGUCAAUACCAGCAGUCAUCAUACUAUCCGCAACAGCAGGGCCAAUACCAGCAGUCACAACCAAGUUAUGUGCAGCUAGACCUACAACGUACAUGGAACUGUCAGCCUCAAACGAUUCCUUGUCAAUCUUAUCAAGGUGGAGUUGGCUCGUCCUUUGAUAACUAUAAUUCUAGAGUAUUUCCGGAUCUCUUCGUUGGAGAGUCCUUGGAAAAAGCGACAGUUUGA